UUUGUCCGUUUAAAAUUCCUGUAUAAAACCAUUACAAACUGUUCAGUUUUCACAACUAUUCUAAUAUGUAUGUGGCUAUUCUCACCUUGUUUUUGCUUUCUACAACUAUCACGGUAGUUUCUGCUGAAGGUUGUUGCCAAUGGCCCUUUUCGCCAUAUACCAACAGCGCUAGUAAGCCUCCAAUGGAUUUUGAAUGCUCCGAACCGCUUUCGGUUUUGUGCCAACUUUAUGUGGUUGAACCGGAUAAGGCUGCAGGUGUUGCAGGUUAUCAAUUAAAUGACGAAAACUACGACAUUCUUCAAGUCGCACCCUCAAGACUCAACGCAACAUUUAUUUGUAACACAGAAUCCAAACUUUGGCAUUUGGAGAAUGGCGUCAAAGAGUACGCAUUGAUCAAAUGUGGAGAAAGAGCCGCCGAUGGAACUUGGACGUUUCUCUAAUUUUUUAUAAAGUAGUCGUCAAUAAAGUUGUAUCUGCUAUA